AUUCACAACAUUAUCUAUUUCGAGCUACCCGCUGAGUGAGGAGAUCUGCGCCAAGUCACCUGUCCCGGCUGCGGUGGUGCAUAUGAGCCCUCCCAGCGGUGCAGGGAGUGUUGCAACUUCGCUCAGGAGACUCCAGUGCCGAGCACUGAGCCCGGAGCCUUUUGGGUCUGUCGCAGCUUGAGUACCUCGCCAAUCUACCACCAGACCUUGUGCGUUGUACUUAAGUUCGGUUUGCGACUCCGGGGGGAACGAGUUUUUCUACAGGCAUUUGCAAUCCAGUUUCAAAGGUUUUCUGGUUGGCUUCAUUGCCCCUUACAUUUAUUCAUAUUUGAAAAAAUCAAGAAAAGUUAACACCAAAAAAAAACUACAAUAUUUAAAGGUGUUUGGAGCAGUGGGGACUUAAUCUCAUAUUUAGCUUCUUACAGAGAUUUCGUAGUCAUGGCAAAAACACAUAUAGUUAUGUUGGUGGCAGUGAUCUUCCUGGCUACGGUCCUUUCAGCUGAAUCCUGGGAAGAGAAAUGUCCUGGGGAUCCUGGCUACGUUGAAACGUGGACUAAGAACUUCUGGAGUUUGUUUAAUAUCUUUACCAACGAAGAGCACGUUCGCGUUGGACAAAAUGGCGAUUACGUCCAGAUGCAACUUGAUGAACAAUGUGCUGCGGUUUACGGAUCUAGGCACCAGUACUACACCGGACGAAUGAGCGUCAAACUCAAGCUGCCAUGCGGCAACUCAUCUGGAACUGUCUUUGCGUUCUAUACCUCAUCGGACGGGAAGAAACCUUAUCACGAUGAGAUUGACAUUGAAUUGCUUGGCAAUGAAACCUCGUCAUGUAUCACCAUGCAGACCAACAUAUUCGUCAAUGGUAAGGGAGACAGGGAGAUGCGUCACAACUUGAACUGGUUCAACCCUUGCGACGAUUACCACGAAUACUACAUUCUCUGGAAUUCGGCAAUGGUUGUGAUCGGAGUGGACGACAUCCCCAUCCGCGUGUUCAAAAACAACGAGCAGUAUGGUCUCCCAUACUUUAACAAAGGACAAGGAUUGUACGUCUCUUACUGGGAUGGUAGCAGUUGGGCAACACAGGGUGGACGCAUCAAAAUCGACUUCGCUUUGAACGGUCCCUUCGUCGCCCAUAUGCAUAGCUUCCAUGACCUGCAAGGUUGCCAGGUACCUUCUGAGGACAACAUAUGGCAAUGCCAAUACCCAGCUCAGAGACCUUGCUGGGACCGACCCUGGGUCAACCAUUACUUGACUCAACAGCAAAUAUGGGACUACAAUUGGGUGAAUGGAGAAUUCUGCACCUACGACUACUGCAAGGACGUCGCACGCUUUGCUGCUACCGGAAAGCCCGCCGAGUGUAACCUUCCCCGGUACUAGGCCCUAGUUGAGCAUCUCUAGGUGCUUCUUUUGUAAUUUCUAGGCAGUGUAGACCAAAGAAGAAGCUGCUGAACUUUCGCAUGCCUUGGCUGUGCAAUUCAUUACCAUCUUCGUGCUCCUGAAGUAGUCGAGACUUGGAUUACAAACUCUUUGCCCCAAGCUCCAUUUGCUUGUGAGGUUGUAUCUACUUACUUCAAUGUAAUCAACUGAUGUAAUGAACUUACUCAAUAUCUGGUAAGUGAUCGAUCA